GGGAAAAGUAGAAGGAAGAGGUAGGUGAGCGAGGAGCCGGCACAUUUAGAGGUCUUUUCUCCACUCCCGAGGCUACUGGAGGGUUACUACACGACGCCAUAUUAAUUCCUAGUGGUUAAUUGAGCCGACGAGACAGUGACAGCCUCUCACCUUCACCCAAAGCUGCUAAAACACCUUAGAUAACAGACCACCAGAUAGUGGUGCUAGCUGACGAUCUGGGAGCAUACGCCAGGAGAAGCAUCACUUCACUCGCCACUUCCACCCCCUGACGGACCCCCAAGCAAGCCUCCACGCGGCUAUACCCUUCCGAGGCCAAGUUGUGAGUGGUUUAUUGUGGGCAGUAAGUGUAGGUUUUUCUAACAAUGGCCACUCGCAUUUUAAAAGAUCACGAUGUCAACACAAAUUCCAAGAAGAGAAAGAACGCUCGAUCUGACCCCUUAUCUGCGGACUCAAAGAAAGCCAAGCAAGAUUCAGGGGAUGUCACCGUCACCACGACCGAGACAGAUCCUCCUAAGUGUGGUGUCCUGACGUCCUGGAGGGAGCCGUCACGCAUCCCUGUAUCGGAACCAGGCACGUCUAAAAUAGUUUUCUUUGACCUGGAGACGACAUCUUUGAAGGCCGACUGCGACAUCACACAGAUAUCAGCUGUAUAUGAGAAUGACAUAUUUAAUUCGUACGUCAUCCCUGAUAAAAUGAUUGACCCAAGGGCCUCUGAAAUCACAGGAAUAGUUUGUUAUGGGGAUGAAAUGUAUGUUCAUGGCGAGCCAGUAACUGCUGUCCCUCCGAAAGAAGCUCUGGAGAACUUUUUGGCAUGGAUCGAAGCGAGGUCUCCAGUUGUGAUGCUGGCCCAUAACGCACAAUUUGACUAUACUCGCUUAUUUCAUGCCCUUGAGACCCACAACCUUUACGACAAGUUUUCUGAGCACAUUGAGGGGUUUGUGGAUACACUGGGACUGUUUAAGCCAAAGUUCCCCAAAAUGGUCAACUACAAACAAGAAACGCUCGCCAAGGAGGUCCUCAACAAGACAUAUUCCUCCCAUAACAGUGCAGAGGACGUAAAGAUUCUCCGGGAGUUGUACAUUAAGUCAGAGCCACACUCCUUCAAGACUCACUCCUGCACCUUCACAUCAGCUUACAACAGGUGGUUUUACAAUAAGAGGAAACUGAAGAACAAAAAUGCCUUCAACAAGAUGGUGAAAGAUGGCACUUUGACAACUGCCGUGGCGAAUAGGAUGGUAGGCUCAGGAUUGGUGAGAGCCGACCUGCAGAAGAUAUGUAAGAAGUCUGGGGAGCCUGAGUUGCUUGCACUCCUCAAUGAGAAAGACAAGUCAGGCCAACCACGGGUCCCUGAGGCGGAGAAUAUUGUAGGGAAGAUUUUCCAGCACUUCAAGAAAGGGAAUAAGAAGUAAAUAGUACAGGGUGUAAAACUAAGAGGAAAGAACCCUGAAUUUAAGUGAAUGUGCAAAUAGAUUGAUAUUAAAGUCAAAUUAUAUCAAAUAGUCCGUUUGGGCGUUCAAUUCCGUGGGUCAUUUCCUCCCUCCUGCUCAGCCACACAGUCCCAAUGCCUAUUUUUCCCUCUCAUUUGUUACCUAUUGCUAACUUAUGAGAGGAAGGGAUAGGUGUUGGGACUGUGUGACUGAGCAGAGGGGAGGAAAGGACCCGCAGAUUCCAACACCCAAACGUACUAUUUGGAAUGGUUUAACUAUAGUUUGAUAUAUAUUUUUAUGUAUAUGUGGGUCUAUGAAUAUAAUUUAUAGUGAAAUUCGUGUACCUGUCAGAUUUUAUGCUAUUCUUAAGUGGACACGGGUGAACCAUCAAGCGGAGUAGCAGUUCACAAGAUCGAUCCACAAACUACUCCGCUUGGGGGUUUAACCAUGUCCGCAUAACACUAUCUAAUAUUUUUAUGGAGUAUUUAUGUAUUGUGUGUAGUAUGAAUCUAUGGGUCUAGCUUUGAAUCUCACCCAGCUGUUCAUCCUUCCUUGUGGGUAGGCUGAUAAACGGGUACACACACACAGAUAGUUACAAAAUAAGAGAGUUAAAAAGCGAAAUCAUUAAGAACCGAACGAGAGAGAAAAAUUGUGAGCCAUAAUGUUACGCAACCGAGAGAGAGAGAGCGAAGACUUAUCACUGUUGUCCCCUGCCCCGUUUGUAUCUGUAGGGUGUGUCCUUGUGUGUGUGUACUGGGGAAGGUAAACUGUGGUGGCUCAGAUGUCACUGGUCAUUUUAAUUGUAUAAUCUUCAUGGGAAAUAUUUUAACAUGUUAUACAGAUUUUAUUGGGUUUAUACUAUUUAAUAUUUAUGUGCAUUUCCCUUUUUAUGUAGUGUAGCACAUAUGUAAUGGGUGUUUUAUGCUUGAUAUAUUUGCAUUGCCUUUUUCUUCAGAGACUAUACUCCCCACUCUGAUUAUAUAGCAAAUUGAAUUCCUUUAUUAUAUCCUUUUGAAUGAAGUUUAAUAUUUAUGUAGUGUGGCACAUAUGUAAUGGGUGUUUUAUGCUUGAUAUAUUUGCAUUGCCUUUUUCUUCAGAGACUAUACUCCCCACUCUGAUUAUAUAGCAAAUUGAAUUCCUUUAUUAUAUCCUUUUGAGUGAAGUUUAAUAUUUAUGUGCAUUUCCCUAUUUAUGUAGUGUGGCACAUAUGUAAUGGGUGUUUUAUUUUUAUUUUUUUUAUUUUUUUUUACAACAAAGGGGACAGCUCAAAGGCACAAAAAAAAGGAAACGAUAAUAAAAAAAGCCCGCUGCUCGCUGCUCCCACAAAAAAGAAUCAAAAGAGAUGGCCGAUGGCUUGAUAUAUUUGCAUUGCCUUUUUCUUCAGAGACUACACUCCCCACUGAUUAUAUUGCAAUUUGAAUCCCUUUAUUAUAUUCUAUGCAUAAAGUGUAGCAACAUAGUGUUCAGGUAUGUGUUAAAAACAUUACUUUGUCUAAGGUAAAGCCAAAUUUGUGGGUUUACCGUGUAGCAAUGAUGGGCCAACAUUUGUGCCAUGAUAUAAACCCCCCAAAAUGUGAUGAUUUUUUCUCUGUUUUCUCACUUAGAGGGACCAUUAAGAAACAUGAUCCCCGCUGCUACAUAGUGAAAAACAUUACUUUGUCCAGAGGAUAGUUUAUUGGAGGCACCUGAUAACAGCAUGAAAAACUUACACCAACUUUCAGCUUGUUCAGGAUUAUUUAUGAGAUUCCCGACAUUACUGUAACUACUUGGCACACUUGUCCCUUGUAAUGGCCGAGUCCUGAAGAAUCAAGUAACUAUCUAUAUGUCAUUCACCUAUUUGAACAGGCAAACACCUUUCAGAAGACGUACCUGGAUGUUUUUGGCAAUAAAUUAACAUGGAAAUUCAA